UGUCCAGAAGUACGUUGUGAAGAAUUAUUUCUACUAUUACCUAUUCCGAUUUUCAGCUGCUUUGGGUCAAGAAGUGUUCUACAUCACAUUUCUUCCGUUCACUCAGUGGAAUAUUGAUCCUUACUUAUCCAGAAGACUGAUCAUCAUAUGGGUCCUGGUGAUGUACAUUGGCCAGGUGGCCAAGGAUAUCCUGAAGUGGCCUCGCCCCGCCACCCCUCCGGUGGUGAAGCUGGAGAAGAGAGUGAUCGCUGAGUAUGGGAUGCCGUCCACCCAUGCCAUGGCGGCCACCGCCAUCUCCUUCACCCUCCUCAUCUCUACCGUGGACAGGUACCAGUAUCCCUUCGCUCUGGGGCUGCUGAUGGCCGUGGUGUUCUCCACGCUGGUGUGUCUCAGCAGACUCUACACGGGGAUGCACACGGUCCUGGACGUGCUAGGCGGCGUCCUGAUCACCGCGGUCCUCAUCGUGGUCACCUACCCCGCCUGGACGCUCAUCGACCGCCUGGACUCGGCCAGCCCCCUCUUCCCCGUGUGCGCCCUCGUGGUGCCAUUCCUCCUGUGCUACAAUUACCCCGUGUCUGACUACUACAGCCCCACCCGAGCGGACACCACCACCAUUCUGGCCGCCGGGGCCGGCGUCACCAUAGGUUUCUGGAUCAACAGUUUCUUCCAGCUCGUGUCCAGGCCCACGGAGUCCCCGCCUGGGAUUGAGCACAUCUGGCCGCUCACCCCGGACAUGCUGGUCUUGGGUCUGACCAAGUUUACGGUGGGGAUCCUGCUGAUCCUUGUGGUCCGUCAGCUUGUGCAGAACCUCUCACUGCAGGUGCUGUUCUCCUGGUUCAAGGUGGUCACCAGGAACAAGGAGGCCAGGCGGAGACUGGAGAUCGAAGUGCCUUACAAGUUCGUCACCUACACGUCGGUUGGCAUCUGUGCCACCACCGUUGUGCCCAUGCUGCACAGGCUGCUGGGGUUGCUCUGAGCCCCAAGCACUUGGAAACUGGCCCGUUGGACAAGAGCCAAGACACGGGGAAGUGGUUGGGUGGGCAAGUCUUGACAACACAUUUUAUUUUGCAAAUGUUCUUUAAGUCACACGUCUGUUUUGCUGAUGCCUAUGAUAAACGCCCGGUGCUGUGUGGAAGGAAAAGUCAUCUCGUAGGAGCUUCGAGUCCAGAGGGGUCAUGCAGCCAGUGAAGCCAGGCUGAAACCGUCACCCUGUCUGCUAACUCGGGCUCCAGACCAAGUCCCCGGCUGGCAGGGACAGCAGGUGGUUCGGGAAGGACCACACGCCCCCCUGGCUCUGGAGAGAGGGGGGCGGCAUCCAGGAGGCUGGAGACGGAGCAUUUUUUCAGUGAUGACCUGGCCCGGCACU